UAACACACAUUCGUUCCUCCGUAGUGGCAAACAUUUGUUCAAAAAGUGUAUUAAGAUUAACAGUGUCACCACCACUGAAUACGCUUUCGAAACAUUUCUUGCAUUCUAAUAAAAAGAAUUGUGGAAAAGCCCAAACCGUUAAUACAACAUCAAAUGGAAAUUUAAAUCGUUCUAUAAGGUUUUAUUACACUUUAUCGUCGUCUACAUCGGCAGUGAACUGGCCAAAUUUGUUUUUGCGUUCUUUCCCAAGGUCAUUGCGUCAUUGUUUCCAGCAACAGCUGCCACAGCAACUACAACGGAAUCCAAAACGUCUGUUAACUAUGGGUUCCAUCAACUGUAAGGAGUAUGUGACCACCAACAAUGAUGCCUGCGCAAAUCAACCAGAAAAUGGUACCACCGGUUCAGGAUCAUAUCAGUCUACCUGCGAAAAGAAAAUGAGUGAAGAAUAUACUGACGCUGUAGCCGUUUGCAAUGUCAACGAUCUGCAAGAACAUGAUAUGAAACAAUUCAAUUUCGAUGAAAACACCAAAGUUUUAGUGGUCAAACAGAAUAAUCAAAUUAAAGCUGUUGGCAGUAAAUGUACGCAUUAUGGAGCUCCUUUGCAUACCGGUGUACUGGGUGAUGGACGUGUUCGUUGCCCUUGGCAUGGAGCCUGUUUUAAUAUUGAUACUGGUGACAUCGAAGAUUUCCCCGGUCUCGAUUCUCUGCCCUGUUUCAAGGUUGAUGUUGAAAAGGAUGGUCAAGUCAUGUUACGGGCUAAACGCAAAGAUCUUGAGAGUUCGAGACGUCUGAAAAAUAUGGUGAAACGUGAUCCCAAAAAUCAUCUUUGCUAUGUGAUCAUCGGCGGUGGACCUGCCGGUGCUGUAUGCUCGGAAACAUUACGCCAGGAGGGCUUUACCGGUCGUAUUGUUAUGAUUUGCAAGGAAGAAUACUUGCCUUACGAUCGUGUGAAAAUCUCAAAAUCGAGUGAAAUAAAAAUUGAAACUAUUCAAUUCCGCAAACAUGAAUUUUAUGAUGAAUAUGGCAUCGAAACCUUAAUGUCAACAGAAGCCACCAAGGUGGAUUGCGAAACCAAGACAGUGUAUUUGUCCAACGACACAACACUUAAGUACGACAAAAUGUUCAUUGCAACUGGCUGUAGUGCUAGCAAGCCACCAAUUAAGGGUGUAGAUCUCAAAGGUGUAGUCGUGGUACGUGAGUUUGAAGACGUCCAACAGAUAAGUAAGAUGAUUAAACCGGAAGUGAAUGUUGUAUGUUUGGGAUCAAGCUUUAUCGCUUUGGAAUCUGCACAAAAUUGGGUGAAGAAAGUUAAAAGUGUAACUGUAAUAUCGCGCACAGAAUUUCCUCUUAUGGCGAGUUUUGGUUCGGCCAUCGGCGAACGAGUGUUACGUUUAUUCCGUGAUCAAGGCGUCAAUAUGGUUAUGAGCAGUGGCAUUGUCGAAGCUAUUGGCGAUUCUAACAAUAAAGUUACCGAAGUAGUAUUAAGUGAUGGCACUAAACUACCCUGCGAUAUACUCAUUAUGGGAACUGGAUCUAGAUUCAAUACUAAAUUCUUAGUGGGUUCUGGAUUACCAAUCAAUGCCAAUGGUUCCAUUGAUUCCGAUAUGUAUUUGAAAUCAUUGGUCGACGAUGUCUAUGUUGGUGGCGAUAUUGUUAAUGCUCCAGUAUUUGCAAACAAUAAUCAACGUGCCACAAUUGGUCAUUAUCAAUUGGCUCAAUAUCAUGGUCGUAUUGCGGCCAUAAAUAUGGCCAGUAAUGCUGCUCAGGAGUUACGAGCAGUGCCUUUCUUCUUUACCAUGCUUUUUGGCAAAGGUUUCCGUUAUUCCGGCUAUGGCUCGUAUGCUGAUGUUGUCAUCGAAGGCGAUUUGGAAAAUUUGAAAUUUGUUGCCUAUUUCAUUGACAACCAAGACAAAGUGGUGGCUGUGGCUUCAUGUGGCCGUGAUCCCAUUGUGGCACAAUUUGCGGAAUUACAAAGUCAAGGCAGAAAGUUGCAUCGUUCAGAUUUACAACAUCCAAAUGAUCCGAUUGCAUGGACAAAACUUCUUAAGGAACCAGUCAAGUGUUUUUAAACCUAUGAAUAUGCUUAAAAUGAGCUUUCAAAUAUGUAUUUGUAUUAUUACUUUAAAUUUUGUAGCUUUGUACUAUUAGUACGUUUAUUUAUAUAGUUUAUUUUUCUUUUUUUUUACAAAUUUUAAAUAAAAAUUGUUAAUAAAUAUUAUUUGCAAAAACGUCCAAUA